AUGGCAAAAACCUCACAUCUUCUUCUUGCAGUCGUGGCUCUACUACCAUUUGUUAUAUCUAAACAAUACCUUAAUCCUACAGAAAGCGGGUUUUUUACUUUAUACGAUGUUAACAAUAACCCAUUCCGAAGCUUUUGCGAUUUCGAAUCAGAAUCACCUUUCGUCUGGACAUUAAUCGAAUCUUUAACAUUGGAAAACGCUCAAAAAGCGCCUUUUCGUAAAAGCUUCGAGCUUAAUCUUCCAUUAGGCAAAUGUAACACAUCAAUGUCUCUAUUUCGUUUAACAUCAGCUCAUAGAAGCUCAAUUUUAGGUGCGUACGGAUCGAAACACUAUCGUUCGACCUGCAAUUUUGAUAUUGAUAUGGGAACUGGCUUAGCUAAUCGUCGUGAUUAUUUAAGAUUUUCCGCAUGUAAAGGCCUUUAUAUUCUUACCACUAACAGUGCUCGUUGUGUAGAAGUAGAUUAUAUCAACGUUAGAGGGCAAUCAUGUAGAAAAUGCAGCGUACCAUUUUACAGUUCUACAUCACAGCAUCUUCACAUCGAUCUCAUUGUGGCUAGUACCUACUGUAGAAAAUUUGUUGUUACUGACCAUAUUGCAAAUGAAGACGUUUUCGGUCACUAUAGCAAUCUUAAUCCUACAUUUUCUUGCGCCACAAAUAAAAAUUCAACUACUGCUUGGUGGAUAGGAGGAGCAUUCAUCGAAUGA